AUGUCGCUGCAGGCUAGUUUAAUCCUUCGAUCCUACUUGGCAAUGCUAGCAGGCAUUGCGCUGGCCGCGAAGUUAAAAGAUAGGGGUGCUGAGUUCGUUGCCGCACCUGGGUUCGGCGCGACGCCGGUGGCUGCAGCUGGACAACUACUCAGCGCAUUUGGAGGUUCGAAAGCUGUCUACGAGAAGGUCAGCCCCUUUCUUAAGGGAGUCAUCGCACGUGAAGUCUUGCUUGUAGGCGAGGAGCCUGAAAAAGCUACUCUGCUAAAGACAACAGGAAACUUUCUCAUGGCUAGCCUCAUGGAACUCAACUUCGGCACCGUCGCGCACUCGGAUUCAGUGCGUAUGACGACGGGUGUGUACGUUCCAGGGAAAGACCAGACGCCAUGGUCGGGCCUAGAUCUCGCGUUUAAGGAUGUAGGGCACGAUGUUGACUGCGCCGCGCGUGCAAGCGUCCGGCUCGAAGUUGCUAAUACGGCGCUCGAGCACCUGCGUAGGGCGAAGGAGUACUUGGAACGAAAUAGGGGUAGGAGGCUUGACUCUUCGUCGUUGUAUGGGAGGACGCGGGACUGGAUUUUAUGA